AUGAGUUGCGCUUGGUGUGAUUCUUGUCCUGAGUGCGGCAGUAACUUCGUGGGGAGGCUGUUAUAUUGUCAUCUUUUCGAUAAGCAUGGAUAUGUGAAGGAAGAAAUUGAAAGGAUCAAAAAAGAAAGAAGAGAUCUGAAAGUGUCAUUGAGGACACGGGCUGUUCUCAAAUGUGACAAAUGCGAUGCGACUUAUUCAUCUAAACAAGCACUCGCGACUCACAAAUCGGACAAGCAUCCCAGUAAGAGACCACUCAAAUGCCCACUCUGCAAGGAGCCGACACAGAAGUACGAGGAUCUGGUGGAACAUGCACGAUUGGCGCAUGAUACAGACGAAAGUAAACUCGAUACUCUGCUAUCUGCGCACGGAAACGGAGACGAGGAGAAAAGCUGCAGCAAAACUGAUAGAACACGGAGUGUAUGCAACAUAUGUGGCCGCGAAUAUUUGUCACUUAAAGCAUUUCGCAGUCAUCGAAAACGGCAUCGUUUGAUGGAUGGCGGAGAUUCUAAGAAUGGUUUAAUUGGUCCGAUCAGUGUUCUUGACGCUGAACAGGCUUUGAUGAGAGUUUCCGAAAACAACGCCGAAGAGGCAAAAGAAGGAGAAGUUUCUUCGUCCACAGACGAGAAUGAACGAAAACGCAACCAUUCGGAAUGC